GGUCCUUUUGUAGAUCGUCGGCUUGUGAGUUUGUGGCUAAUCAAAUGUGCUGUGUCAAAUGCAAAUCAACAACCGGUAAUAGCGAGCUGCGCUAGUAUUCUUCUUCUUCUUCUUCUUCUUCACAAUUCCAUAACUGCUUUCUUCUGUGUUCAUAAAUUCCCUGAAAAUUCAAAUUCCAAACUUCAAACUCUCAGAAAUAAUUGAGAACAGCAAAGACAAAGCCAAAAACGUCUUCACUUUCGAAAUUCCUCUAUCCUCUGCUCUUAUCUCUCUGGAUCUGGCCUAAUUCCAGGAGUGAAUUUGCUGGAGCUUACUCAGCUAUCUGUCUCUGCGAAUUUGAUUUUAUUUGGUACGGAAAUUAUAUGUACAUGUCAAAAUUUUGGCUUUAACACUGCUUUGGAUUGCAUCUACGGGUGAUAUUUGAUGAAUGUUUGAGGGAUAGUUAUACGUCUGAAGCAUAAUUCAAAAGUGCUGCCUUACUAUGUCGGAUCAGGCUGCACAAUCAGAUAAUGGUAAGGAUGAAAUACCUGAAAAAUACUUGCAGUCUCAACAAUCUGUUUGGAUGUCUCACUGGACGCAUACAAGUUACAGAUCAGCGAAUGUCACUCACAAUAAGCUGUUGCUUAACUGUGAAUCUGGGCACAACAGUCAAAGAAUUAAGCACCACCCUUUGCUUGGCAGGCCAGAGACAGAACCAGAUAGCUCUAAAUUUGUGAAAAAAUUUAGAGAUAUGCAUAAGACCUUUCUAAAUGAAAGUUCAAGAAAAUUGACGCAUGAAACGUUCAAAGGACAGCAUUUUCCGAUGUUCAAAUCUUCUCUAAAUAAAGAUGGUAUGUUAUCUCCGAAAAAUGAGGAAUCCUCUAGACAUCUUGAGUCACAAAUUGGUCUUACUGCUGUUGAUGUUUCUCUUGGUAGAACUGACAAUCAUUUACCAUCAAUGCUCAAGUGGGUUCCUUCCAAAGCAGAAACUCAAUCCACAGAAUCUCAGUUUCGGUAUGAAGGCAUCACAUCAAAUCCAGAACAGCACGUCAAGAUCAAUGAAUUGCUUGAAAAUAAUAUAGUUGUUUCAUCACCUCCUGAAAAUGGGUUUUUGGGGUCAACUUCUAGAACCAUGCCAUCGGACUUUAAUGGCAGAAAUAUUCCAACUGAGUCCUUUAUACAUGGUCAAGAGUAUACUAAUCAACCAAGCAGUUCCUUUUUGGUUGAUGAGAAGAAGAUGAAUAAUCAUGCACCUCUAUUCAUACAUGAUCCUUCAACAAGCAAUAAUCAGCUUGGGAACUUUGUUGGUGGACAACUCCAGACAAUGCCAAAACAUUCUAGUGUUAAAUUAUUAACUAACCAGAUGAGGCUCCCAGAGGGAAGAUUACAUCCUGGAUCUCUUGAAGUACCAAGGAUUUCCUCUUAUUUCAAUGAUGUUGAGACUAUGAGGAUAUGUACGGCAACAGAUUCUCCAAAGUUUUCUCAGACUACUCACCACUUCUUAAUCACAGAAAAGACUGAUGUAAACUUAUCUGAUGGAGGAGAAUUGUUCAGAGAGUCCACAAUAUCCACCAAAUUUAAAAGAAAACCUGUGGGUGAAGGGAAAGAAAAAACAGAAAAUGUCCAUACUGAAGCAAUUGAUUUGAAGAAUGAAUCAUCAGCUGAAACUGAUACCAUGGAUAUGGAUACACUCCAGGAGAACCGUCUCUCUGGUAAGGCUUCAUCCAUCUCAAAUAAGGACGUCAAGGGAACCCAAAAGUCAUCAUCAUCUCAAGUGGCAGUAGCACCAGUCAAAGAAGAGACUAGAGAUGGACUCUCACACAUAGAGAUACCUGAUAUUAACCAAGAACUCCCCAUAAUGCCAGGUGGAGCGAGUUCUGCAGAUGAUGAGGAGAUGAGCACCUCUAGAACCCAGAGUUUGGAUGUCGAACACUUUCUUUCCAAUACCGAACAUCCCACAGACUCAAAAUCCAGUGCUUGUGCUGAUUCUCCACCGGGAUCAGAUCCAUCCAGCAGAUGGGUUAAACGUCUCAAACCAAGUACUUCGCAUUCUUUCCCUAAUGGUACCAAGAGCACAAAAAUGGGAGAAGCAUCUUCCCAUGAAAAAGUUAACAAGCUCUUCAGUAAAAUACUAAACGGUAGCAAAACUAAUUCAGAACCAAAGAAGAACAAGUCUUAUGGAAAGCAAAAGAUGUUUCUAGAUGAGACAACAGAGUUACUGAGGAACGCUGAAUCCGCCUCCACAGACUCCGAGAUGAAAUGUCAAGACAUAACACUUUCACAUCCUUGGAUCCAGAGAUGGUGUCAUAAACCAGCUGUGUCUUCCAAAAAGAAGCCAGAAGCUAUGGUGGUGGUUUUUGAGCCACAGAAUUCAAAGGGGGCCCUAGACGAAUUACAGGAGAAGCAGUUUCCAAGCAUUGCUGCUAUGGCUUUGAUGGGGAAGGCCAUGACAGGUUUUGGUCCAUGUGAAUUGAAGAAAUUGGGAGCAUCUGUAGUUUGGAAUACCAAACGAUCGAGUUAAGUGUCAGAUAAAGGCAUAAGGGAAAUGCGAGGAAAAUUUAAAAAUUUAACUUAGAUUGGGAAAUUGAUUUCUGAAGGACUACUGGUUAAUUUACUGUCGAAGCAUAAAGAGGUUUUUGACAUUUUUCGUGAAAUGGCUAAAAACUUAGUUCCAAAUCCUCACAUUUGUAAUAAUGUCUGGUGGGAUAUUCAGAACUACUUGGAUGGCAUGAAGUCAUUGGUGAUUUGGACGAAGCAGCUGCUUCGAGUAUAUUUUGGGGCGCCAUGGACAACGGUAACUCUUGGUUUGUCAAUUCUUGCCAUUUACUUGACGGUGGUGCAAACCAUAUAUACUGCCUUGUCUUACCUCAAACAAAUGAGGGAGCAAAAUGAAUAAAUAUAAAUUUAGAUUUUUUUAUUACAAAGUGUUAUAGCGUGCUGUCCUUUUUUUUUUUUUUUUUUAAAUUAUCUUACUUCAUGUUCAUGUCGUAUUGUAUUUUGUAUUUUAUGUCCAGUCUCCAGACAACUUGUAUUUUAAUCGAUAAGUAUUUAUUUUUC